AUGUUGCCUUUUUUCUUUGUAAAUAUUUCUCUCUCUUUAUCUCUCUCUCUAUCUCUCUAUCUCUAUCUCUCUAUCUCUAUCUCUCUCUAUCUCUCUCUCUCUCUCUCUCUCUCUCUCUCUAUAUAUAUAUAUAUAUAUAUAACUCUCCCUCUAUCUCUCUCCCUCUAUCUCUCUCUCCCUCUAUCUAUCUCUCUCCCUCUAUCUAUCUCUCUCUUUCUCUCUCUCUCUUUCUCUAUCUCUCUCCCUCUAUCUAUCUAUCUAUCUCUUUCUCCCUCUAUCUAUCUCUCUCCCUCUCUCUCUCUCUCAUCAUCUAUCUAUCUCUCUCUCCCUAUCUCUCUCUCCAUCUAUCUCUCUAUCUCUCUCUCCUCUAUCUAUCUCUCUCUAUAUCUAUCUCUUUCUCCCUCUAUCUAUCUCUCUCCCUCUAUCUCUCUCUCUCCAUCUAUCUAUCUCUCUCUCCCUCUAUCUAUCUAUCUCUUUCUCCCUCUAUCUAUCUCUCUCCCUCUAUCUCUCUCUCCAUCUAUCUAUCUCUCUCUCCCUCUCUAUCUAUCUAUCUCUCUCUCCCCAUCUAUCUAUCUCUCUCUUUCCUCUAUCUAUCUCUCUAUCUCUCUCUCUCUCUCUCUCUCCUCUAUCUAUCUCUCUCUCCCUCUAUCUAUCUAUCUCUUUCUCCCCAUCUAUCUCUCUAUCUCUCUCCCCCAUCUCUCUCUCCCUCUAUCUAUCUCUCUCUUUCUCUCUCUCUCUUUCUCUCUCUCUCUUUCUCUAUCUCUCUCCCUCUAUCUAUCUAUCUCUUUCUCCCUCUAUCUCUCUCUCCCUCUAUCUGUUUAUUCAUCUCUCUCUCCUUAUUUCUGUUCUCUUUUUCUAUCUAUCUCUGUUUAUUCAGACUUAUCUGUUCUUUUUUUCACUCCAGGUAAAACAAUAUUUUCUUCAAUCUAUCUAUCAUGUUUAACUCUCUUUCUUAUAUCUAUCUAUUUCUCUAUAAUAUUUUCUCUCUUUUUUAUAUCUAUCUAUCUAUCUAUCUUUCUAUCUAGCAAGCUAUCAUUUCUAUUUUUCUUUCUUUCUUUCUUUCUUUCUUUCUUCCAGAUUUCUCUCUUUUUCUAG